AUUGGCUGAAGAGAAGAAGGGCCUGCGUCCUGAAGACUCAGAUUUUGGUCUUCCACCAGCUCCUCAGUAUGAUGAAUGGUCAACGUGGGAUCGAGAUGAAGAUUUUCCUGGAGCUGGAUGGUCAUGGCACCGUGAUUAUGAUGCCGUGCCCACCAUGGAGCGUGGAGUCGGAACUUCUCCCAUGGCUGACAGUGGUUCACCUGCAGGAACCUAUAGCCGUAUUCCUCAAGAAUCCCCAGCUGCAAGCCGACGUUCGGCAGGUGUUCAGCCGUCUUUCUUUGAUGAUGACGAGGUCAACGAGCUGACCUUUGCUGACUCCUUUGUGCUAGGUGUUUUGCGAGGAUUCCGAGUUUUGCAGGCUGCUGGAUUGACACCAGAAGAACGACGUGUGAUCUUGUCCUCCACACGUGGUUCCUUGGAGUUUGACCAAGUGACCAAGGCACUUCAAACGCUUUGGGAUGAACAAUUUGCUGGACAACGUGCUCAAGUGCAUCAUUCCAACUUUCAGGAGACCUAUGUGGCCGAGAUGGAUGAGGCUGAUUCCUGGCAGUGGGAAGAUGCACAGUAUGCCGAAGAUUGGAGCUCAUGGCAUGAUCCUUACUGGGAUUGGUCCGAAAGCUAUGUGGCUGAACAACCUGAAGAACCUUCUUCAGCUGACGCUGAGGACCCUGCCAUCAAGGAAGCUCAACAGGCUGAACGCGUUGCGGAGUCACUUGCUUUGGAGGCUCAGCGCACUUGGUCAGAGGCACAACGUGCCACAGCUGCUCUGAGGAAAGAUCGGGGCUUUGGUCAGCAUCCCUCCUUGCCUGGCCAAAAGGGAAAGGGCUGCUGGAUUUGCAAUGGGCCACAUAUGGCCAAGGAUUGCCCUGAUCGACGUCAUCCAAGCAUGAUGAAAGGCAAGUUCAAGGGCAAGCAGUCCUACAUGUCUGAAUAUGACGACAGUGUCCCCUAUUUCCAUGAAGACCUCUACGCUGGUCGCGUGAAGGGCAAGAAAGGUAAGAACAAUCACUGGCUUGAAGCACAGGCUUGGAUGAAAGGGAAGGGUCCACGUCCUUCUCAACAAGGCAAGGGUCAAGCCCUUCGCCCACCAGUGAACUCCUAUCACUCGGAAGUCUUCUUUGGUGGUCUCGAGCUUCUCAGUAGUGCCAAUGAGGUGGAAAAGUUCGACGAGAUUGUGGAGACCACACCAGGCAAGUCCCAGACUCGUCCAUUCGACCAUGCUCGUCGAGUGGGGCCGGACUUGCGGGACCCACGAAUGAAGGCCAAGGCGGGCUACCUCAAGAUGGCCAAGUCCGUCUCUCCGACGGGCUCAUGGGAGCACGUUCACAACAUGGAGGCGGAGAGCUCACUCUCCCGAGAUCUUCAUGCUCAUUUGAACUCCGAGGAGAUGGCACAGUUGAUGGCAACCAUCACUCAGCGCAAGGAGACCCAGAAGGAGAGCGAGGGGACAGUCCGUGAAACCGGCUUCAACUUUGAAGAGAUCUAUGAGCCACACUUUGACACCUUCGAGCUCUACGUCUCCGAAGUCCUCUACGAAACUGAAGAGCUCUAUGUCCAAGAAAUCAUCUAUGAAACUGCCGAGUUCUUCUUCCAAACAAUCUUCGACGUCCAUGAAGAGCUCUUUUCCUCUGACGAGAUCUAUGGCGGCUCGGGUCCUUUUCUUGGCAACUACUCUGAUGAGCUCUAUGGUGUCAUUGGCUUCAGAUCUUUUGCUGGACACCCAGGACACAUUCUUCCUGCUAUGAAGGCGAUGGAGCCUGCGGAAAGUGUGCCCUCUGUCAAGAAUUUUGUGCCAGCUGCAGCAGCAAGUUCACCUUCUUUGCCAUCUAGGUCUAAGACCACUUCCUCUGCGCAGCCUCCUCUUGCAGAAGAUGUUCCUAUAGAUGAGGGUCGAGACUCUGACUAUGAACCAUCAAUAGCUCCUGACCCUGUGAAUGAAUACGACUUGAAGGAACCAGAGCAGAAGAAACCAAAGAGAGAGGACUCCUAUGACCUCAAAUGGUUAGAAGCCCUUGAAGCUGAGGCGGAAAAGGAAAUCACUCAUGAUGAUCUUUUCACGACUCUUGAUAGCUACGAGGGCGAGAACUUUCAACAUGAUCCACUUCUCUAUUUGGUGAAAAAGCUCAACAAUGCAGAGGUGUCUUUGAAGAAUUUGUCUGCGGCAGAUCGUGUUCUUUUUGAGAGAGCAAAAGCCAAGGAAGUGAGCUCUUUUUUGAAACAUGCAGCAGUCCGCCGCUGCUUGAGUGAUGAAGAGGUGAAGAAUGCUUUUGGUAGCGGUCGAAUUUUGAAGUCCAGGUGGGUCUUGACCUGGAAAUCGGUUCCUCCUGAUGAGAAAGAGGAAGCGAUGAAAGAUGCCAUGCAGAAUGACAACACAGUCACAUCAGCCUGUGGAAGCAAGCGUGCGAAAGCUCGUAUUGUCCUUUUGGGUUUUCAGCAUCCUUCUCUUUUAGAUCGCAAUUUCAAAACCAGUGCACCUGUCAUUUCCUCCAUGGGCAAGAACAUGAUGUACAUGGUUGCGACUUUGUAUCAAUGGCAUUUAGAAGGGUUGGAUUUAGCUACGGCAUUUGUGCAAACCAUGCCAACUGCUGCUGAUGAUCAACUUUACACAUUUGGAGUGCCAGAGCUUUGCAAGGCUUUGGGUGUCCCUGAAGGUUCUGCUCUUAGAAUUCUUCGCAACAUCUAUGGCUCUACAACUGCACCGCGAGGCCUGUGGCUUAGCUUGUCUCAGAAACUUGAGUCUCUGGGAGGCAUUCCCACUCUUGGCUAG